CCAUGGUGGUGGCACACCCCGCCGCCACCGCCGCCGCCACCCCUGCCGCCACCGUCACAGCCACCGUCGUGAUGGCCACGGCCACCAUGGACCUGCGGGACUGGCUCUUCCUCUGCUACGGGCUCAUCGCCUUCCUGACGGAGGUCAUCGACAGCACCACCUGCCCCUCGGUGUGCCGCUGCGACCACGGCUUCAUCUACUGCAACGACCGGGGGCUCACCUCCAUCCCCGCCGACAUCCCCGACGACGCCACCACCCUCUACCUGCAGAACAACCAGAUCAACAACGCCGGCAUCCCCCAGGACCUCAGGACCAAGGUCAACGUGCAGGUCAUCUACCUGUACGAGAACGACCUGGACGAGUUCCCCGUCAACCUGCCCCGCUCCCUGCGGGAGCUCCACCUGCAGGACAACAACGUGCGCGCCAUCGCCAGGGACUCGCUGGCCCGCAUCCCGCUGCUGGAGAAGCUGCACCUGGACGACAACUCCGUGUCCACCGUCAGCAUCGAAGAGGACGCCUUUGCCGACAGCAAGCGGCUCAAGCUGCUGUUCCUGAGCCGGAACCACCUGAGCAGCAUCCCCUCGGGGCUGCCCCGCACGCUGGAGGAGCUGCGGCUGGACGACAACCGCAUCUCCACCAUCCCGCUGCACGCCUUCAAGGGCCUCAACAGCCUGCGGCGCCUGGUGCUCGAUGGCAACCUGCUGGCCAACCAGCGCAUCGCCGACGACACCUUCAGCCGCCUGCAGAACCUCACCGAGCUCUCGCUGGUGCGCAACUCCCUGGCCGCGCCCCCGCUCAACCUGCCCAGCGCCCACCUGCAGAAGCUCUACCUGCAGGACAACGCCAUCAGCCACAUCCCCUACAACACGCUGGCCAAGAUGCGCGAACUGGAGCGCCUGGACCUGUCCAACAACAACCUCACCACGCUGCCCCGGGGCCUGUUCGACGACCUGGAGAGCCUGGCCCAGCUGCUGCUCCGGAACAACCCCUGGUUCUGCGGCUGCAACCUCAUGUGGCUGCGGGACUGGGUGAAGGCGCGGGCGGCCGUGGUCAACGUGCGCGGCCUCAUGUGCCAGGGCCCCGAGAAGGUCCGGGGCAUGGCCAUCAAGGACAUCACCAGCGAGAUGGACGAGUGCUUCGAGACGGGGGCGCAGGGCGGCGCGGCCAACGCCGCGGCCAAGACCACGGCCGGCAACCACGCCUCUGCCACCACCCCCCAGGGCUCGCUCUUCACCCUCAAGGCCAAGCGGCCAGGGCUGCGCCUCCCCGACUCCAGCCUCGACUACCCCGUGGCCACGGGCGAUGGCGCCAAGACCCUGGUCAUCCACGUGAAGCCCCUGACGGCGGACUCCAUCCGAAUCACGUGGAAGGCCACGCUCCCCGCCUCCUCUUUCCGGCUCAGCUGGCUGCGCCUGGGCCACAGCCCGGCCGUGGGCUCCAUCACGGAGACGCUGGUGCAGGGGGACAAGACAGAGUACCUGCUCACGGCUUUGGAGCCCAAGUCCACCUAUAUCAUCUGCAUGGUCACCAUGGAGACCGGCAACACCUACGUGGCUGACGAGACGCCCGUGUGCGCCAAGGCGGAGACGGCCGACAGCUACGGCCCCACCACCACGCUUAACCAGGAGCAGAACGCAGACCCCAUGGCGGGCCUGCCCCUGGCGGGCAUCAUCGGGGGGGCCGUGGCCCUCGUCUUCCUCUUCCUGGUCCUGGGGGCCAUCUGCUGGUACGUGCACCGGGCCGGAGAGCUGCUGACCCGAGAUCGGGCCUACAAUCGGGGCAGCCGGAAAAAGGAUGACUAUAUGGAGUCAGGGACCAAGAAGGACAACUCGAUCCUGGAAAUCCGAGGCCCCGGACUGCAGAUGUUGCCCAUCAACCCUUACCGCGCCAAAGAGGAGUACGUGGUCCACACCAUCUUCCCCUCCAACGGCAGCAGCCUCUGCAAAGGCACGCACACCAUCGGCUACGGCACCACGCGGGGCUACCGGGACGGUGGCAUCCCCGACAUAGACUACACCUACACAUGAUGCCAGCCACCCGGGCCGCCUCCGCCCCAGCUCCCGCCUCCUCCCGGCCUGGCGACGACGUGGCUGUGCCCCAGCCUGCUGCCAUCCCAUAGAGCAAGGAAGAGAAAUUCCACGACGACUUGCCCCGCAGAAAGCAAAGUUUGGGAAGGGUUGACGAUUUUAUAGAACGCGACAGUGAAAGGAAAAAAAAAAUUUUUUUUUUUUUUUCUGAAGAAUAGAAGGUAGGAGGGGGAUUUGACGUUGGUGAAGACAUAAUUUAUACCAAAUUAUGCCAGCUGGGGAGGGAAAGACUAAAAAUAAUAUGGCAGGCAGGGUUGGGCCAGGGUUUUUUUAUUUUUCUUUUUUUCUUUUUUCUUUUUUCCUGAACUGGAAAGAUACUACCUGUACAGCGUCUGUGUAUGCCUCACGCUCUGUUCAGGGCCGUCACGAAAGAGCCGUCAGAGAGAACAGCCAACACGCGAGGCCCCCACGCGGCUCCCGCUGCCGGCUGCUCGUUGGUGACAACGUGGUGGAAGGUUUUCAGGCUCCUCACAAAGGAGAGGGGUUAGAAGAGAUCCUUCGCUAUGGAGAUAUUGUCCGGAAACCCCUUCCCGGGUUCUUUCCGAACCGUCUGCCUUGCAGGUUUGCAAGAAAGAGCACGUCUUUCGCUGCAUUCUUUGAACGAUGGUGUGGUCAAUUAAAAAGCAAACUCUCUUUUUCCUAUGCCGCAACCCCCUUCAGUUCCGUGUACCAUACUCCGUGGAAGCCCCAUGGGAGCGGUGGGUUUCCCAGCCACUUGGAGGUGCACCUAUCUACCUGGCUAUCUCUAUGUCGUGUCUCUACAGAUGGGUAGAUAGAGCCACCUAUACGGUCCUUAACUACUUCUUGGGUCAGUUCAUACGAUUUUCCUGAGACAAUAGAGUCACGAAAAUGUUGUUUUCUCCUAGAAAUCAUUGAGUAAGUAGACAAAGUGUCUUGGGUGGGCGGGGGGGGGGGCAGACAAUGCUGUUCCUAAAGGCGGAGGUGUAUCUGUCCUGGUCGGGUGGCUCAGGAGACCCUAGGGAAGGGGUGGUCUCGGUGCGACCCUAUCUCAGGUUGGCCAGAGCUGGGCCGCACUCCUGAUACAGAGAAACGCUUUCUCUGACUGCCAGUGUCCUUGUCUCUCUCUCUCUCUCUCUCUCUGUCUCUCUCUCUCUCCCCGCCGCCCCCCCAACACACAGAUACAGUCACCUCAACAGCGACUUUCUGUGUUUCCUCUGUGCUGUGUGCUUCCUCCCGGGACAGGUAAUUGGUGCAGGGACUUUUUCUUUUUCUUUUUCUUUUUUUUAUCAGCUGAUUAGACCUAAUGGUUUCCAUGGCUGCUCACACAAAGCCCAGAAAAAGACAUGAAAAUUCUCAGAAGAGCCCUGGGAGACAGCAACCCCCCCUACCCCACCCCCGCCGAACGCAGAACACUCAGCCGCACCCACCCCUGGCACCCUGCUCCGGAGAGGGGAAGACCAGAGCUCCAGAAAGGCCAGCAACGGAAGGGUACGGAUCUGGGGCCCUCGGAAGAAUUCAGGUUUUAUUUCCUCCCUCUGGAACCUGUGUCGCCACCAUUUAUCAACUGGCAUUGCGAUUUGGUGAGCCGUGAGAUUAAAACAAUAAUGAAAUAAUGGCAGCAGAUCUGGAAAGAAGGGCGGGGCGGUGCCCGGCCUUCUGCCGCCUCCCGUGCCCCGGCACCCAGGGAGCUUGGGUCACCACCUGUCAACGACGGGCCGCUUGUGCUCUGCCGCGGAGGAGCGAUGUCAAAGGAGAGGCACUGGUCCGAGGGCAGGGAGGAUGAGAAGGUGUCCAGCUCCUGGCGGUGGCGUUUUCAAAAGGCCUCGACUGCUUUGACAAAAAGCCAAAGGCGGGGACAGGAAGCUGAACACAGGGCCGCCAGGACGGGCCCGGGGGCCGGCCACUCGCCGCUCGUGACAACAUGUGACUGGCCCCUUCAGUGAAGAGGCAGGGGUUGAAAGAAGUGGCCACAACAGCCGCCUGAGCGGGGUGGAGGAGAGCGGGUCUCGCCUGACGGGGAAUGCCAGCUCCCCAGCCCCAGGGAGAGGCGGAGGGCAUGGACAGCUCGCUCUAAACUAAGCCUCCCACCCCCCCCCCCACCCCCCCAGCCCGCCCUUCCCCACUUGAAUCAUUUUCUCAUACAAUGAGAUCAGGAGAGAGAUUUUUCCAAGCCUUAAUUUCAUGUCUCUGUGAAGGUCGCCCUCCCUUUGACCUGCAGCGCCCCCCGACUCAGGCCCUUUCCGGCAGCCUGGGGAGGAGCAGAGGGUAGGUGAGGAUGUGGGGCAUUGGCUCAGGAAGCAGGGACGGGGGGAGGGACCGAAGCCCGAGGUCCCUGCUGUUUCAGAAAUGAGGUCCCCUCCCUCAAGGCACCACCCAUGCCUUCUCCCGGUGUCCCAGUCCUCGGCCUCCCCACGGCCCCCCUCCAGGUCCCUAUUGCGGCCAUGCUUGGUCCCCCAAUCUUACUCCGGGUCCUCCUUUCUCCUUGUACCACACCAGGGAGAGGUCAAAUCAUCCAUCCUCUUAGAGGGCAGGGAGGCAUGUGGGGAACGGCAGGUGGCCCUGUAGAGCAAGGGCCGGAAAGGCCUGCGGAACUCCAAGGCCAGGCCUGGGCGGUAAACUUCCCUCCCCCACAGCACAAAGCAGGCCAGAGUCACCUGAGCCUGAGGACGCUCGGGUCUCCUGCUCCAGGAGGCUCAGGUGGGGGCUUCCCAUGGGCUCGCUGCAGGCGUCCCCCUGAGGAUAGUGGACACUCGCCGGCCAGGCCCUGGGGCCCACUCUCACGUAUGCCACCUCAGCAUCAGACAUCCUUCCAGAGUCCUUUCUGAGCGAAGCUCCCAAAAUUCUGCCUUCUCCCGGCCCCUCGAGCCAAGGAGGGGGCCUGAAGCCACAUCCACUCUGAACCCGUGUCCCCUCCUGGUCCAGCUCGUCUGAGUGUCCUCAUAACACAACGAGAGAUGCUGCAGGGGUGCCUGCCCCCCCCCCCCCCGCCCCAGCAGCGCGUGGGGAUGCAGGAAUCAGGGCAGAAUCUGUCUAGAAUCUCCCCUCUGUGGGCGGCCGCCCUGACCCCUGCAGCCUCGAACUAGCCAGAACAUCCUUGGCCUCAGCGUUGAUGAGUGUGUUUUGUGGCAUUUAUAGCAGGUUUUAAGUUUAAAAAAAAAAAAAAAAAGAGCCCACGACACUUCUCUGGUUAAGUGGUUUACCCUUCGUGGUAAUUAGACGUAGUGAUUAGAAUCUCUUUUCUAUUACAUGGCAAUUUUCUUUUAAAUUUCCCCUAAAAAGAAGAAGAAGAAGAAAAAGAAGAAGAAGAAGAAGAAGAAGAAGAAGAAGAAGAAGAAGAAGAAGAAGAAGAAGAAGAAGAAGAAAAGACAAAAAAGAAAAAGGGAAAGAAAAGGCAAGGAAGGAGGGAAGGCAGGGCCAGGCGAGUAAUUUGCAUUUUGCGAAUGAGGCCUCUUGUAAGCUCAGCUCAGGCGUGGGGCCCAACGUAUGGAAUGCUUACGAGAUUACUAAGAAUAAAAUCUAUUAAUUAGUCAUACUCAA